GGGAAGGGGCUGAGCAUGUGGGCAGCUUGUUUACACCAGACCUUCCCGAAGAGCUUUAACCCGGCCGGCAGCGGGCGAGAGGCAAAUCCCGGCGCCGGGAGCACGUGUGAGGCACGGGGGUGUCUCCCGGACGGUCAGCCCGAGGGAUGGGCCGAGGAGCGCGGGGAGAUUCCUAGAGGGCGCAGCUCACGAUUGGAAGUGAAAAACAAGCUUUCCUGCUUUUUCAACUCUCAAGUGGUUUCUUAACUUGGACUGAACUCGUGGAAUAAAGUGAGAGGACUAUAUUCUCUCGCUGCACCUGCAGAAGAGGCUACUGCUGUCAAUUUAGCACUUGAAACUCCAGUUCCAGAGUGUCAAGAUGGCGAGCGUGCUGUCCAGGCGCCUGGGGAAGCGCUCCCUGCUGGGCGCCCGCGUUUCCACGCCCAGCUCCUUGGCAGACAGGAUGCUGGGGGCAGCCCAAAUCCCUACGUUGCAGGCGGAGCUCAGCAGAGUGUCUUCCCACCUGGCUUCGUAUGAGGGUGGUCGGUGCAAGGAGCAGGGAGAGGAGAACAGCACGAUGCCCAGCUUCCCAAACCUGAACCGCUUACAGCUCCACCCAGGACAAAGAGUUUACAUCACCUAUAACGGGCAGGAGUGCGCUGGCCUGGUAGAGCAGCACAAUCAGCUGAACGACGAGGUGCAGGUGCUGCUCCUGGAGCAGGGAGUGCACACCUGCUGGAAGACAGGGGACGUGAGACUGGCUGAGAUGCAAAGAUCACCGCCCCCUACCCUUCCGAUGGACCAUAGCCCUGCCACUGCGAUGGACCAGAGCCCUGCCACUGGAUCAGUUCAGAGAUCGGUUUCUAGGAAUAUCGAUGUACCUAAAAGGAAGUCCGAUGCUGCUGUGGAAAUGGACGAGAUGAUGGCAGCUAUGGUGCUGACCAGCUUGUCCUGCAGCCCUGUGGUGCAGAGCCCGCCCAGCCGCGAAAGCAGCAUGCCAGCGUCCCAGGCAGCCUGCGACUCAUGGAAGGAGAGUGGCGACGUGUCAGACAGCGGCAGCAGCACCACCAGCGGGCACUGGAGUGGCGGCAGCGACAUCUCCACCCCAUCACCCCCGCAUCCUGAAGCCAGCCCCAAGUACUCGAGCGAGGCCUUGAGCUCCCCUCAGGCUGACGACGGCUUUGAGACAGACUCGGAUCCUUUUCUUCUCGAUGAGCCUGCCCCAAGAAAGAGAAAGAACUCGGUGAAGGUGAUGUACAAGUGCCUGUGGCCAAACUGUGGGAAAGUCCUGCGAUCCAUUGUCGGGAUCAAGCGUCACAUCAAGACCCAGCACCUUGGAGAUGGCGCAGACUCUGACCAGCGGAGGAGGGAGGAAGACUUCUACUACACCGAAGUUCAGGUGAAAGAAGAAGCUGCUCCAGAGUCUGCCACCAGCCCCACCUUUGGGUCCUCGCCCAUUGUCAUCCAGCAGGCCCUAGCCAAGCCAGAGGCUUUGGCUUUGGAUCAGGCAACCUUGGAGUCUCACCUCCCAAACAGUGCCCUCAGUCAGUCUGCCCCCAGUUCCUUCUGGCAUAUCCAGGCAGAUCAUGCCUAUCAGGCCUUGCCAUCAAUUCAGAUCCCGGUGUCACCGCACAUAUUCACCAGCAUCAGCUGGGCUGCUGCCACCUCCACCAUCCCUUCUCUCUCCCCAGUUCGAAGCAGAUCACUGAGCUUCAGUGAACACCAGCAGCCGACACCAAUGCUGAAGUCACACUUGAUCGUCGCGUCUCCUCCCAGGGCUCCCAGUGGCACCAGAAAAGUCCGCGGCGAAGCCAAGAAAUGCCGUAAAGUGUAUGGAAUUGAGCACCGAGAUCAGUGGUGCACGGCCUGCCGGUGGAAAAAGGCCUGCCAGAGAUUCCUGGACUGAGCACGUGAACGUUUCAGGAGUAUUGAAUUUCUCUCUCUCAGCCGAGAGCACCCAAAGUUCGUCAUUGCUGAAACCAGGGCACAGCAAACUUGGAGAUAUCUAUCUCCUGUGGCUUCAGCAGAGAUCUCAAGAGCUGCAUGUAAAUUCCAAGUUCUGUAUAUUGUAUGUCAGCUGGAUUUAUUAAUUUUUUACACUUUCUGUGGGUUUUUUACAAAUGUGUUUUGUUUUUUGUUUUUUUAACAAAACCUCCCAUUUUAUAGUAAAAAUAGGGAGGGAAAGAAAGAAAGCUGGUUGCUUGGUGUUCAUAGGAGACUUGUUUGGUGGUCCAGGGACCAAAGAACUUUGUACUGAUCUCCCAGCUCAACAGUAAAGUCUACUGAUCUUUCAGGUCAGUAGCUGGGAUAAGGAGGUGAGGAUCAUCUCUCUCUUGUUACUUCACAGGCUAGAAAGCUCGAAGUCUGCUGUUGUUUAAAGGGACACGGUCAGAAUAACAAUCAUAGUUUAAAAAAGGAAAAUAUAUUCAUGUUUUACUAGUAACACCUUAAAUUAUUGGAAUGGGAGGAAUUUAAAGUUCUUUCCUUUGCUUUUUACCAAUGAUACUGUGUUUACUUUUUACAGCUCUCAGCUCUGACAGUAAAGCUGGACUUGCUAUGUCUCUGGUCAGUUUCACUUCCUGGUUUUUGUGUGUUCUGAUACAGCUGCAUCAGCAAAGUUGAAAUCUUAAAAUAUACAUCAACAUAUAUUUUUAUCUUUUGAGGUUUUUUUAAAACAAAACAAUUUUUUUGUUUGUCUUAGAUUCAUGAAAACAACUUAUUUCUUUGAAAAACAGAAAAUUUGGGUCUAAAAGUGUCUCUUUGAACUACAGGGAAUGGGUUUUUAUUUUGAAACCUGAUGUAGCUUUCUGCAGAGUUGGCAGGAUCAAUAUUGUUAACCCAAGAGGACUAUAAAGGAUGGACACACACACAUUUAGGCCCCAAUUCAGCAAAAUGCUUAGAUACGUUUUUACAUUAUGUUGAAAUCAGUGGGAUUAAAGUACACGCUGAAUGAGCUGGGAUUACUUGCAUGCUUAAAGAUAAGCACCUGCUUAUGUCAUUUGCUGAAUGAGCGUCAUAGAUAGGUAUGUUACGAAAUUCUGAAUUGUGAAAGAUGUCGGAACCCAGCUUUCUGGCUUUCAUUUUUUAAAAAUUCGUAUUCUCUGUACAUGAUUCAGAUGUUUCUGGUUUGAUGAUCUAUCUUUGUGUACAGUGUACCGUCCUCUGGGGGUAGAAUUUGUCCCUGUUUGCCUGAUUCUCACUUAUAGCAGUGUAACUUCAGUGAAGUUACUCCUGACUUGCACAGGUUUAAAUAAGCGAAGAAUCAAGCCCGAGGAGUCUUUCUGGAAUUGCGGGGGGAGGGGUUGGGAGAGCUGGAGGGACAGAUCAAAGGUUCCAGAGCCCCCUCUGAUUUUGGAGAAGAGCACCAUUUAAUUCACCAGCAGCAAUCAGGUCCAAUUUUUAUUGGUUUUUUUUGGUCUUUGCUCUCCUGACUAAUCAGCCACAUGUAGGAAGUGCCCAGUCUACUGUUUGAGCUGUGAAAAGCCACUUGGUAGCGAGUGCAGUCCAGCCGCAAUACCAGCACACACAUCGCAGCUGCUGUGAGGAGCAGCAGAGGGCAUCCCAUGACACCGUGAGCUGUCAGUUUGGCCCUCCAUGGCAACCAGGAUGCUACUGUCAGUGUCUCCGUCCAUCUCACUGUGUGGCCUUGGAGCACCAAGGCAAAGAAUUUUGUUCUGUACGUCCCCAUUUUCUGUCUUGGGGAGUCAGCGGUUGUUUCCAUCAUUGAACCCAGCACAGUAUGCGAUGGUAGCAGUGAGGGUUGACUGGGACACUGCCCCCAGAGUGUGCCAUUUUGAUCAUGUGGAACUCAGUGGGUGUCACAGAAGUGCUCUGGCACAGUCACUAAGGAGCCAUGGUUUCUCUUAACGGGGCAAGGAAUGCCCCGUCACUAAAGCCAUUCAAGUGCUACACUCUGUUGUGCAGAGAAUCCUGGCGCUGUGAAGUCUGUUUUGUUUGUAAAUACAAAAUGGCAGCUACACACGAGCCAUAUGGUCCAUGUUGUGCAUAAUUCGGCUGCAGUCAGAGUUGAAGGUUUUGUGUGG